AUGCAGACUGCAACUGGUGUUGACACAGCUGCCCUCACUCGUGCAGCCAACGAGGCUCGUGGACUUGCCAUGGACUCCAUUGCUGCGGCCAAGUCUGGGCAUCUUGGACUUCCGCUUGGCUGCGCUGAGAUCGGAGCCGUGCUCUAUUCCGAGUUCCUGCAGCAUAACCCCAAGGAUCCUCAGUGGUUGAACCGCGAUAGGUUCAUCUUGUCUGGUGGACACGGAUCCAUGUUCCUGUACUCGUGGCUUCACUUGGCCGGCUAUGAUCUUCCCUUGGAGGAGGUCAAGAACUUCCGUCAGCAUCAUUCCAUGACCCCGGGGCAUCCUGAGUUCCCCAACUCCGAGCACAACACUCCUGGCAUCGAGGCCACCACUGGCCCCCUCGGUCAGGGAGUGGUCAACGCUGCAGGAGCUGCUGCUGCACAGAAGAUGGAGCAGGCCAUGUUCAACACCAAGGAUCACACCAUCUUCGACUCUGUCACCGUUGCUCUUUGCGGUGAUGGAUGCCUCCAGGAGGGUGUUUCAGCUGAAGGUGCUGCUUUUGCUGCUCACGAGGGUUUGGACAACCUCAUCAUUGUUUACGAUUCCAAUGAUGUCACUCUUGACAAGAUGGCUGAGUACACCCAGUCUGAGGACACUGCCAAGAGAUACGAGGCGUACGGAUGGGAGGUGGUUACCAUUGACGGUCACGAUAUCAACGCCGUCAAGUCAACCCUCGACAAGUUCAGGGCCUCCAAGAACGGCAAGCCUAAGCUCUUGGUGUGCAAGACCAUCAUCGGCAAGGGAAUCGACGAGGUCGCUGGUACCAACGCUGCUCACGGUGAAGCCGGCGUGAAGUAUGUUGCGGAAUCCAAGAAGAGACUCGGCUUGACUGAGCCGUGGCAAGUUUCCCAGGACACAUACAAGCAUUUUGAGAAUGUUCAGAAGAGGAACGAGCAGAAGUACAAUGCAUGGAAGGAUACCUUCAAUGCCUGGAAGUCUGCCAAUGCCGACAAAGCAGCCCUUCUCGAGAAGUUCCAGAAGAAGCAGACUCCCUCUGCUGAAGAGAUGUUCAAGGCCAUUCCUGAGAUUUCCAAGGGCAAGAACAUUGCCACCCGUGAGGCUGGAUCCAUCGUGAUCAACCACAUCUCGGACCUCGUGCCUCAGUUCCUCUCUGGUUCUGCCGAUCUUCACGGAUCCAACAAGAACUACAUCAAGAAUGGCGGAAACUUCGGCAGGGGAUUUGACAAGACCUAUGCUGGAAAGAACUUCUACUUUGGAAUCCGCGAGCAUGGUAUGGGAGCCAUCAUGAAUGGAAUCUCCUUCCAUGGAUUGUUCAGACCAUCUGGCGCCACCUUCUUGGUUUUCGUCGAUUACAUGCGCGCUACCAUCCGUGUGGCUGCUCUGGCUGAAUUGCCCACCACCUACAUCUUGACUCACGACUCCAUCGGUGUUGGCGAGGACGGUCCCACCCAUCAGCCUGUCGAGACUGUUUCUUCUCUCCGCGUGUUCCCCAACUUGGACGUCAUCCGCCCGGCUGACCCCGAGGAGACCGUCGGAGCCUACGUCCAUUCUCAGCAGCGCCAGGAUGGUCCCACUGCCAUCAUCCUCACUCGUCAGAACGUCAAGACUCUCGACGAGAUUCCUGUUCAGACCAGGCGUGAGGGUGUGUUGAAGGGAGCUUACGUCGCCAAGAAGGAGUCCGGGGCCCUCAAGAUGAUCAUCAUGGCUUCUGGAUCCGAGGUUCAGCACGCUAUGGCUGCUGCCGAGCAGCUCGGAGAUGGCAUCCGCGUUGUUUCCAUGCCAUCGAUGAACCUCUUCAACAAGCAGAGCAAGGAGUACAGGGACUCGGUCCUUCCUCCUUCCUGCUUGAAGAGGGUUGCUAUGGAGGCCGGUGUCGGUUCCAUGUGGUACCAGUAUGUUGGAUUGGACGGAAAGGUUGUUAGUGUCGAGAGGUUCGGCUUCUCUGCCCCAGGAGACAUCGUGAUGUCGGAGCUUGGAAUGACUGCCGAGAACCUUAUUAAGGAAUGCAAAGCGUACAUGUAA